UUACCACGGUGAGAAUAAAAUCGUUUCAGUAUUCAUGAACAAUUUACCUACAAUCUCACAAAUUCUGUUCAUAAUAGUGUGCGACAGACACGAUCGAGUGAUUGGUCAUCGGCGUUAGACACCGUCGAUAUUCCCGGAUCGUGCGAUCGGAACAAUGAAAACGCAGCAAGUACAAUGCGAGUCACGACGUUCGUACGAAUACGUUCCUCGCACAUGGAUUUGUCUCAGAUUGGAUGACACAAAGACGAAAAGGCGGAAACAUCGGAGACGAUAAUAACAGGAAGAAAAAGAGACGAACGAAAAGCAAGAAGGAGAAAACAUAAGACGAGAAAAGAAAAGGAAGAAGAAGAAGCAGAAGAAACAACGACAAAGCAAAGGGUAGUUGAAUGUGCGCGUAUGAUUUACGUGCACGAGCAAUAGGCUGCAUAAUUUAUCGAUCGAUCGAAAGCGCAUGCGCCGUUGCCUGGUACACGAUUAUGUAUGCGCGACUGCCGAACAGCACACGAGUAGUACCUACGUCGCGCAAUCGAUCACUGUCCACCUCGUUCGAUGACGUUAAUGAGGUUGAUCGGUACUUAGCGAUACUUUAGCCUGCUGGCCAUUGCAGUCGAUUAUAUGCACCGUCUGUUUAUGCAACGAAGAAAUGAUGCAACUUGUUGCCGGAUGAAGACGUUGUACGUACAAGCAUGGGAUAUGCCGGAUACUGUCCUCAAUAUCGCUACAGAUGUGGUGAAACGUAUGGAAGUCUUACGCACAAAGUGCUUCUUGAUCCUACAGUGAAUCAUGCGGAGACCCUCAUUUUAUCGAACCGUAUCCCCGACGAUUACGAGGUCCAGAGGCCACCGAAAAAUGACAUAGACGUAGUAAAUGCUAGAUACAAAAGGACCGACCCUAUAUUUAUUCAUCCUAUAACACCAAGUUACGAAGGAUUUACUCCAAAAUUAAAAGCCAGAAAUGGACAAAGAUACACGGUGUUGGCUACAGAAGGACUUGCUGAUUUUGAACGACAACAAUUAAGAAAUAGAGCGGCUCUUAAUGAACUUAAACGGAUUAUAGAUAUACAAGCUGGACAGGGUGAACCAAGAAAUUUAGAAGAUCGUUUGCUCAUAAAAAGUGAGUUCAAACUGCCUAUGCUAACAGUUCGACCUGAUUGCGCGGGUAUAACGAGAAAUUUAUUUUUGGACGAACAACACGAAACACCCAGCGAUCACUCUCCAUCACCUUACUUUAUGGACAAUGCAAAUCCGCAAAAAUACUUUAUCAGUCGAUACGGGGGUCAUAUACCAUACGGAUAUGCGCAUUUUGGAAAAACAAACGUUCCGGCUACUAACAGCGCCCUUUGCGAUUUUACAUCUGAUUACCGAAAACGGCAAAGUACAGAAUGGGCACCAGUAACAAUUUCACGACCUGAUCCACCUCUAUUAAUUCAACCCACUAUUAUUUACCACAAACAUGUUGGUAUGCUUCCAAAUUAUCUUGGACAUGUUCCUGGAGAAACAUUUAGAUUCGGCAAAACUUUCGGAGCUGACACUAAAGAUGCGAAAAGAUGGCUCCGUGGUGAUUUCUCUGCAUAAAAUAUAAAAUACAAGAAAACAGUCUUAUACAUAAUAAAUGUUUAAUACUAAAAAAUGCUACUA